AAUAGCCUCCAUUUAUGUGUAGCCUAUACGACCACGGCUACCGCAGCACUGCUGGAAAUACAACAUGCUUCGGGGAAGUGUCCCUCCACAGUUAUAAUCGGCAAUUAUGAACUGGAUACAUUUAGGCUCUUCUUUAUUUUGUGUCUGUUAAGUGUUCAAUUGAUGGGUUGACUACGGAAUAAGUCCAAAGGAUAUCAGUUUCUCGAGGACAGCCCGAGAUCGGAAGUGGAUGAUUUUAAGUAUGGCUAUAGAUUCACCACCCCUUGACCUCAUUUAGCCAAAAACAAGACUCCCACCCCAGAUCUGCCUGACCGGAAGCAAAUAGAUCAUUACCUUCCAAGGAAUCCCAUUUCUGAAAAAGAAGAGGACAAGUAUUUACCACAUUGGGAAAAAAAUAUGCCGCAUAUAUUUAUAUAUUUUUAAAGAUGAACAGUUUUUUAACACAGGACAGAAAAUCUAUUUCUUAAGAUGCUGUUGAUUGAGUCUCAUGCUUACACUUCAAACCAACAUAUUUUCCUACCUGUUCAUACAUUGGUUGUAUAUAUAUUGUAAUCUACAACACUGUAAUUACAUUCCAUACAGUCAUCAUCAUACAGAAAACCCCAAAUUAUAAACUGUAAGUGUUUGCCUGAGAACUGUUAUAACAGGAUGACAUUCCUGUCAUGCACUUAUUUUCUGAUGCAAGUCGAAACCUCAAUAGAGGAAGCUUUCCUUCUUAUUUAACAUUUUGCAAUCCCUAAACACUUAUCAUUUACAAAAUGAUGAUCCUCAAGCAACCGAAAAGCAGGCUUUUCACUGUGCUGUUCUGCCUCACUACCAUCACCAUCCUUUUAUUCAGCUACAACUACAGCAUCACAUCAUCAUACUUUUUCAAAUUAUGGCAGGUGGGCACACCUGUUUCCAAGUCACUGUGUGCCUGUAGCCAGUGUAUCUCUGUAGAGGACGAAGACUCCUGGUUCAUGGAACUCUUUAAUAAGUCGAUACCACCACUCAUGUCACCGAAUAACACCAUGCUUUCUGAGAAAACCUAUAAGUGGUGGCAGGGGCUACAGACCCGCCGCAAAACCCCAGCCAACUACAAAGAGGUGGUGCAGAGAUUAUUCCAGGUCAUCCCUGGUGAGAAGCACUACAUGGACUCAGGGCCCAAUCGUUGCAGGACUUGUGCUGUUGUAGGAAAUUCUGCGAAUCUCAAGGGAUCCCAUUAUGGAGCCCUCAUCGACUCCAAUGACUUUGUCAUAAGAAUGAACAAAGCUCCCACUUUGGGCUAUGAAAAGGACGUAGGGAGAAGAACCACCCAUCACGUCAUGUACCCAGAAAGUGCCACAGACCUGCAGAACGACACACACCUGCUUCUGAUACCAUUCAAGAUUUUAGAUCUAGAGUGGAUCAUUAGUGCUUUAACCACAGGCACUAUUAAACGCACCCGUAUGCCUGUGAUGGCCAAGAUAAAAGCAAACAAGAAUAAGGUGUUAAUUUACAGCCCCACUUUCUUCAAGUACGUCUAUGAUUUCUGGCUUAAAGGCCAUGGGUUGUAUCCCUCUACUGGUUUCUUAACGUUAAUGUUUGCCAUUCACAUAUGUGAUGAGGUGAAUGUUUUUGGAUUUGGGGCAGACAAGGGAGGAAACUGGCAGCACUACUGGGAAAAUAACCUCUUGCACGGCUUCCACCACACAGGACAGCAUGAUGGAAACCACGAAUACAUUGUCACCAUGCUGCUGGCCUGCAAAAAUAAAAUCAAGAUGUUCAAGGGGAGAUAAUGGCUCACCACCAAGCAACAAUUGGCAUGUAAAAUCAACACUGUUCAAUGGCCUGAAGGUUCUGUUCCGCUGAAAAAAUAUUAUAUUUAGCCAAAUUUACAUUUUUCUGUUUACUGUUGCAGUUUUAACUUUCAGGAUAAUACCACCUUUUGAAUGAUUACACUAUGUGUAUGGUGAAAUCAGUAUAGUUAUUUACCAUUUCUAUCUUUGGAGUUGAUUUUCUGAAAACCUGACUUAUAACCUUUUACAAUAUAACCUGACUUUUUGACUAUUUCUCAGUGCAUAGUCAUCCUAUCAUUAUGAAA